AUGGACGGUUGCUGGCGGCUCCCUGGAGGCCACGGCGGCGCCGCCGCCGGCCGCGUCGUUCGCGUGCACUUCCUCGACGCCGAUGCCACCGACGACUCCGACGAGGAGACGAGCCAGCCUCAGCGAUACUGCGCGCGACGGUGCGUGCGGCAGAUCGGCCUGCCGCGCGCGUUCUCUCAUCUUCCGUCCGCUGCGGCGGGUGCGGUGAGCAGCUCCUCCCACUGGACGCGCGAGAAGAGGUUGAGGGCGGCCGCGGCCGGCAAGACGCGUACGUUGGCGGCGUGCGGCGGGGAUGAUUGGUCCGCGGGGGCUAGGGCGGCCCGGCGAUUGCGGGGCGUGCGUCGGCGGCCGUGGGGCAAGUAUGCGGCGGAGAUCCGCGACCCGAAGCUGGGGCGGCGCGUCUGGCUUGGCACCUUCAACACCGCCGAGGAGGCCAAGUCCGUCUAUGACUCCGCCGUGCUCCGCCUCCGCGGCCCGAGCGCAGUCACUAAGUACACCGCGCCCUCCCCCUCGCCGCCCAUCUCCACCGUGACGGCGUCCGCCCCGUCGCCGUCGACAUCCGCGGCCUCUCCCCCGUCGCCCUCCACCACGGCGGCCCCUCCUCCGUCGCCCUUCGGCAGGGCGGCCUCUCCCCCGUCGCCCUCCACCAUGGCGGCCCCUCCUCCGUCGCCCAUCACCACGGCGGCCUCCCCCCCGUCGCCCUCCACCACGGCGGCCUCCCAGUCGGCGACCACCAGCUGGUCCUUGGUGAACGCGGACGAGGAGGUGACGGCAGCGUUCGGCCUGGGAUUCGUCGACGAGGAGACCUCCCUGAACAACCUGAUGCAGUUCUGCCUCCCCGCGACGUGCAGCAGCAGGUGGGACCCCUCGGCGGACUUCGUGGAGCUGGCCGACCUCGACGACCUCUUCGCGCCGGAGCCCCUGGCGGCCUGA